GGCGAAGCGGGGGGAUCGGGACGCGGCGUCAGCCUCGGUUCCAUCUCCGGGCGUAGGGAGGGAGGCUACAGGAGCGAGAGGUAGCAGAGAGAGCCGUGAGGUGCAGCCAUGUCGGCGGCGCAAGGGAUGGCCUACAAGCUCCGCACCGACGCGGCGCCCACGGGUGCUGGCCGCAGGGCGCGGCGCAACCACUCCUCCGUAGCGGCGCCUUACCGCGCGGCUAGGCUGGUACAGGGAAGCAUGUCCAUCGAGGGCGGUUUCGUCGGCGGAUGCCAGCUUACCGAGGAGCGCGUCGGGGCACGGCCGCCCCGCGCCGCCGCGCACGACGCCGAGGCGGUCAGGCCACUUUCGCAGCUCCCCGAGAGCAGCAUUGGACUGUACGACCCCUCGCAUGAACGCGACUCGUGUGGCGUGGGGUUCGUCGCCGAGCUUUCAGGCGAUUACAAGCGAUCGACGGUCAAUGACGCCCUCGAGAUGCUCGAGAGAAUGGCGCACCGUGGUGCCUGCGGCUGUGAGAAGAACACUGGUGACGGUGCCGGUAUCCUUGUGGCUCUGCCCCAUAACUUUUUCAGAGAGGUGACAAAGGAUGCUGGGUUUGAGCUACCACCACCAGGCGAGUAUGCUGUAGGUAUGGUCUUCCUGCCAAUAGAUGAGAAGCGUCGUGAGAGGAGCAAAGCUGAGUUUCAGAAGGCUGCAGAAUCACUGGGACAUAAAAUACUUGGGUGGCGCCGGGUUCCCACUGACAACUCAGACUUAGGUGAAUCUGCGCUCCAGACUGAGCCAGUUAUUGAGCAGGUUUUCCUCACCAAAAGCUCAAGUUCGAAGGCCGAUUUUGAGCAGCAGUUGUACAUCCUGAGGAGGCUCUCGAUUGUGUCUAUCCGUGCAGCUCUGAAUCUCCGUCGUGGAGGAAAGAGGGACUUCUACAUGUGUUCUCUCUCCUCAAGGACUAUUGUCUACAAGGGCCAGCUUAAGCCAUGUCAACUUAAGGGGUACUACUAUGCAGAUCUAGGUCAUGAAAACUUCACGAGUUAUAUGGCUCUGGUUCACUCAAGGUUCUCCACGAACACCUUCCCCAGCUGGGACCGUGCACAGCCGAUGCGUAUAUUAGGUCAUAAUGGAGAGAUCAAUACCCUCAAGGGGAACAAGAAUUGGAUGAAAGCACGAGAAGGUCUCUUAAAGUGUGAGAAGCUUGGCCUGUCAAAGGAUCAAUUUUUAAAAAUUCUACCAAUUGUGGAUGCUACUUCCUCUGAUUCAGGUGCUUUUGAUGGUGUUCUUGAGCUUCUUAUCCGUGGUGGAAGAAGCCUUCCAGAAGCUGUGAUGAUGAUGAUACCUGAGGCAUGGCAGAACGAUGUGAAUAUGGAAACUGAGAAGAAAGCUCUCUAUGAGUUCUUGUCUGCCCUUAUGGAGCCUUGGGAUGGACCUGCUCUAAUAUCUUUUACUGAUGGUCGCUACCUUGGGGCCACCCUGGAUCGCAAUGGGUUGAGGCCUGGUCGAUUUUAUGUGACACACAGUGGACGUGUAGUCAUGGGAAGUGAAGUUGGUGUUGUUGAUGUUCCUCCGAAAGAUGUGUUGAGAAAGGGUAGACUAAACCCUGGAAUGAUGCUGUUGGUUGAUUUCGAGAACCACACUGUAGUGGAUGAUGAAGCAUUGAAGGCACAGUACUCUAAAGCUCACCCAUAUGGGGAGUGGCUCAAGAGACAAAAGAUAUACCUGAAAGACAUUGUAGAAUCUGUGCCAGAAACUGAGAGAGUUGCUCCAAGCAUUCCUGGCUCAUUCACACAUGCGAAUGAGAAAAAGGAAUAUGCAGGCGUCAAUGGAAUUUUAACUCCACUGAAAGCCUUUGGAUACACAGUGGAAGCCCUUGAAAUGCUGCUUCUCCCGAUGGCUAAAGAAGGAGUGGAAGCUCUUGGAUCCAUGGGAAAUGACACACCCUUGGCAGUCAUGUCAAACAGGGAGAAGUUGACUUUUGAGUACUUCAAGCAGAUGUUUGCACAAGUUACAAACCCGCCAAUCGACCCAAUUAGGGAGAAAAUUGUUACAUCUAUGGAGUGCAUGAUUGGCCCAGAAGGUGACUUGUUAGAAACAACAGAAAAGCAAUGCAAUCGCCUUGCACUUGAGGGUCCGUUGGUGUCUGUUGAUGAAAUGGAGGCUAUCAAGAAGAUGAACUACCGUGGUUGGCGAAGCAAGGUGCUCGACAUAACUUAUCCAAAGAAGUCUGGAAGGAAGGGUUUGGAAGAAACUUUGGAAAGAAUUUGCACAGAAGCUCGGGAAGCUAUAAAGAAGGGCUACACUAUUUUAGUUCUCUCAGAUAGAGGAUUCUCCUCAGACCGUGUUGCUGUCAGCUCACUCUUAGCUGUUGGUGCGGUACAUCAUCAUCUUGUUGACAAUCUUGAGAGGACACGUGUAGGUUUGUUGGUGGAGUCCGCUGAACCUCGUGAAGUGCAUCACUUCUGCACCCUUGUUGGGUUUGGUGCUGAUGCUGUGUGCCCUUAUUUGGCUAUCGAAGCAAUUUGGUGCUUGCAGAAUGAUGGAAAGAUUCCUCCUAACAGUGAUGGGAAACCCUACUCAAAGGAAGAACUUGUCAAGAAAUAUUUCUAUGCUUCCAACUAUGGAAUGAUGAAAGUUCUUGCAAAGAUGGGAAUAUCCACCCUUGCAUCUUAUAAAGGUGCACAGAUUUUUGAAGCUCUUGGCCUGUCUUCUGAAGUCAUCCGUAAGUGUUUUAAUGGUACACCUAGCCGAAUUGAAGGUGCCACUUUUGAAAUGCUCGCACGUGAUGCUCUACGUCUCCAUGAGUUAGCAUUUCCAUCAAGAACACCUCCACCAGGAAGUGCAGAUGCAAAGGCCCUUCCUAAUCCAGGGGACUACCACUGGAGGAAAAAUGGUGAAGUUCACCUCAAUGAUCCCCUCGCAAUGGCAAAACUACAAGAAGCUGCUAGAGUGAACAGCCGGGCAGCAUACAAAGAAUAUUCUAGGCGAAUUCAGGAACUCAACAAAACCUGCAAUUUGCGUGGUAUGCUUAAAUUUAAAGAUACUACCGACACGAUUUCUUUGGACGAGGUUGAACCUGCAAGUGAGAUUGUUAAACGCUUUUGUACUGGUGCAAUGAGUUAUGGAUCUAUUUCGUUGGAAGCACAUACUGCCCUUGCUAUGGCCAUGAACAAACUUGGAGGAAAAUCUAAUACAGGUGAGGGAGGUGAACAGCCUUCUCGUAUGGAACCGCUUGCUGAUGGUUCAAUGAAUCCAAAAAGAAGUGCAAUCAAGCAAGUUGCCAGUGGAAGAUUUGGCGUUUCUAGCUAUUAUCUGACUAACGCAGAUGAAUUGCAGAUAAAAAUGGCUCAGGGUGCUAAGCCUGGUGAAGGUGGUGAGCUUCCAGGACACAAGGUUAUCGGUGACAUUGCAGUUACAAGACAUUCUACUGCUGGUGUUGGACUGAUUAGCCCACCGCCUCACCACGAUAUAUAUUCUAUUGAGGAUCUUGCACAACUCAUCCAUGACCUUAAGAAUUCAAAUCCUAGAGCUCGCAUAAGCGUAAAGCUAGUUUCUGAGGCUGGUGUUGGAGUUGUUGCUAGUGGUGUUGUAAAGGGACAUGCAGACCAUGUUCUUAUUUCUGGCCAUGAUGGAGGCACGGGAGCUUCAAGGUGGACAGGUAUUAAAAAUGCUGGCCUCCCAUGGGAACUUGGGUUGGCUGAGACACAUCAAACUCUAGUGGCAAAUGGGCUUCGUGGCCGAGCUAUUUUGCAAACUGAUGGGCAGUUAAAAACUGGAAAAGAUGUAGCUGUUGCUUGCCUACUUGGUGCAGAAGAAUUUGGUUUCAGUACUGCUCCAUUGAUCACACUUGGUUGCAUCAUGAUGCGUAAGUGCCAUACCAACACUUGCCCUGUUGGUAUAGCUACUCAAGACCCAGUGCUACGAGAAAAGUUUGCUGGAGAACCAGAGCAUGUUAUCAACUUCUUCUUCAUGCUUGCUGAGGAGCUAAGAGAAAUCAUGUCUCAGCUUGGCUUCCGCACGAUUAAUGAAAUGGUUGGGCGCUCUGACAUGCUUGAGGUUGAUCCAGAAGUGGUGAAGAGCAACGAGAAACUUGAGAACAUUGAUCUCUCAUUAAUUUUGAAACCAGCUUCAGAGAUUCGUCCUGGGGCUGCUCAGUACUGUGUUGAAAAGCAAGAUCAUGGUCUUGACAUGGCACUAGAUAACAAACUCAUAGCUUUAUCAAAAGCUGCACUAGAGAAGGAGGUCCGUGUUUUCAUUGAGACUCCAAUUCAGAACACUAAUCGAGCAGUAGGCACUAUGCUUAGUCAUGAGGUCACAAAGCGUUAUCACAUGAAGGGAUUACCCACAGGUACAAUUCAUGUGAAGCUCGCGGGAAGUGCUGGUCAAAGUCUUGGCGCUUUUCUUUGCCCUGGAAUAACCCUUGAGCUUGAAGGAGACAGCAAUGAUUAUGUCGGUAAAGGAUUGUCUGGAGGAAAAGUUGUUGUCUACCCACCAAGAGAUAGUACAUUUAUUCCAGAGGACAAUAUUGUCAUUGGUAAUGUGGCUCUAUAUGGUGCUACAAAAGGAGAGGCAUAUUUCAAUGGAAUGGCUGCAGAAAGGUUUUGUGUACGCAAUUCAGGUGCUCAGGCUGUGGUUGAAGGAAUUGGUGACCAUGGCUGUGAGUACAUGACAGGAGGUACUGUGGUUAUCCUUGGUAAAACAGGAAGAAACUUUGCUGCUGGGAUGAGUGGAGGCAUUGCUUAUGUCUAUGAUAUUGAUGGGAAAUUCAGUGUCCGCUGCAACUGUGAGUUAGUUGACCUCUAUCAUGUGGAGGAAGAUGAAGACAUUACCACAUUGAAAAUGAUGAUAGAACAGCAUCGUCUUAACACCGGGAGUGUUGUGGCCAGAGAUAUACUCUCUAAUUUUGAUACUCUUCUUUCAAAAUUUGUCAAGGUAUUCCCAAGAGACUAUAAGAGGGUUUUGGAAAGUAUGGAGGCUGAAAAGGCUGCUGCUAAGCUUGCAAAGGAACCAAAGAUUUCAAAUGGUGUCUCUGUAACAACUAAGAAAGUGCAACCUGAGCAAUCAACAAACCGACCAACACGUGUUUCCAAUGCCAAAAAGUACCGAGGUUUCAUAUCAUAUGAGCGAGAGAGUAUUUCUUAUCGGGAUCCAAAUGAACGUGUAAAAGAUUGGAAGGAAGUUGCAAUUGAAUCAGUGCCAGGGCCUCUACUGAACACACAGUCUGCUCGCUGCAUGGAUUGUGGCACUCCUUUCUGUCAUCAGGAAAGCUCUGGUGCUGGUUGCCCUCUUGGGAAUAAGAUCCCAGAGUUCAAUGAGCUAGUUCACCAGAACAGAUGGCGUGAAGCACUGGAUCGUCUACUAGAGACGAACAACUUCCCUGAAUUUACUGGAAGAGUAUGUCCUGCUCCCUGUGAGGGAUCAUGUGUUCUUGGCAUUAUCGAAAAUCCAGUAUCUAUCAAAAGCAUAGAAUGUGCGAUUAUAGACAAAGGUUUUGAAGAGGGCUGGAUGGUACCACGGCCUCCACUCCAAAGAACAGGAAAAAAGGUUGCCAUCAUUGGAAGUGGUCCAGCCGGUUUGGCUGCUGCAGAUCAGCUAAACAAAAUGGGCCAUUUUGUUACUGUGUUUGAACGUGCUGAUCGUAUUGGUGGUCUGAUGAUGUAUGGAGUGCCAAACAUGAAGACAGACAAGAUUGAAAUUGUGCAACGCCGUGUCAAUUUAAUGGCUGAAGAGGGCAUCACAUUUGUCGUGAAUGCUCAUGUAGGUAGUGAUCCUUUGUAUUCAAUUGAGCGCCUCCGUUCUGAGAAUGAUGCGGUCAUUUUGGCUUGUGGAGCUACUAAACCAAGGGACCUAGGUAUUCCUGGGCGUGAGUUAUCAGGAGUUCAUUUUGCCAUGGAGUUCCUCCAUGCAAAUACGAAAAGUUUACUUGACAGCAACUUGGAGGAUGGUAGAUACAUAUCUGCAAAGGGGAAGAAGGUUGUGGUUAUCGGUGGUGGUGACACAGGCACAGAUUGCAUCGGUACAUCUAUUCGUCAUGGUUGCACUAGCAUUGUAAAUCUUGAACUUCUUACCAAGCCACCAAGCAAGAGAGCAGCUGAUAACCCAUGGCCACAGUGGCCUAGAAUCUUCCGUGUUGACUAUGGGCACCAGGAAGCAUCUAGCAAGUUUGGAAACGAUCCAAGAACUUACGAAGUCCUGACCAAGCGUUUUAUUGGUGAUGAAAAUGGAAACGUGAAGGCCCUUGAGGUAGUCCGGGUCAAGUGGGAGAAAGUCGAUGGGAGAUUCCAGUUCAAAGAAAUCGAAGGCUCAGCAGAGAUCAUUGAUGCUGAUCUUGUCCUCCUAGCUAUGGGAUUCCUUGGCCCCGAAGCGACUAUCGCUGAGAAACUGGGUUUGGAGAAAGACGACCGGUCUAACUUCAAAGCUCAAUUUGGAAACUUUGCAACCAGCGUGGAUGGCAUUUUUGCUGCUGGGGACUGCAGACGUGGGCAAUCACUUGUUGUUUGGGCCAUCACCGAGGGGCGGCAAGCUGCUGCAGCUGUAGACAAGUACUUGUCAAGGAAUGAACAAGAUGCCGCAGAAGACAUAACUCCCUCGGGUGCAGGUUUUGUGCAGCCUGUUGCUGCAUAAGCGAAACAAACUUUUCAGGACCAGAGCAAUCUAAAUUAGAUCAGAAUUUUUAUCUUUGAUCACACCAAGUUGUCUUUAAAAGUUAUAACGGCGGGCUCAAUAGGGGAAAGAGGAGAGCCCUCUCUAUAUAUUUUGAUAGCUAAACAUUUGGAAAUUUUGGUGUCUGCUGUUUGUUCGCUUUCAAGUUAAAAUGUUUUGCAAGGCGAAAUGCCAUUUUGUAAUCUGAAUAAUGUACAGUUGUUUUGUUUUAAUUAAUAGAUGUAAAUUUCUCAAUUAA